CAAAGCCACACCCGUGCACAUCUAUCGCUGGCGGAGCCUUUCUUAUCCCCCUCUCGAACAUCCAGCCGGAAACACGCACCUUUUGCCCAUUACGCGUCAAACGAGGCUAGGCUGCGCUCUCCCCCUCGUUCUCUAUUCUCUCUCUCUCUCUCUCUUUCGUGUUCAAAGCCGGCCCAUUUUGCGGCUUUGUCUCAGCUGCAGCCUCGCACGGUUCUAUCACAAUGCGCGAGAGCUAAGCACAGCCACGAUUCUUAUUGUCUUCCGGCGACGUGUUUGUUCGCGUGCGGACCUGGGCAUCACGCAUUGGGACACGCUGCUGAGUGAUUUGCUGCUGAUCCAGGCUUUCAUUUUUCUUGGUUUGGACGACUCAGCGCCCACUGCCAGAAACUGUGCCGCUGGAACAUCCGGCCUGAGAUCGAUCCGCACGGCAACAGUGCCCACCCACGCCACCGCCAGGGAUGCGCCAGGCUUUUAAGCAGCGGGUGCGCUCCUCAUCUCUCAGCGCCGUAGCGCCUUCCCCAGCAUCACCCGAUUAUUCACCCGCAAUGGCAGCUUCCGCGGCUUCGAUUCUCUACCAGUCGCCCCUGCCUUCCCCGUCGGGACACCCUGUGUAUGUGCUGAACGCAGCUGCCCUACCAGACACCCAUGACGUCGACUACGACACUCUCCUACCUUACGUGCUAGCUCGGCUGCCCGGCGAGGAGGAUCUCAUACACGGCACCGAAUACGAAGUUGUUUUCUUCGCCGGUGGGAGUGCGGAUUCAGCGACCAGCGGCAAGAAGGGGUAUCCGGGUGUGGGAUGGGUCAUACAGGCCUAUCACGUGCUCAGCCGAGCCAUGCGGAAGAGGAUCCAGCGCCUGUAUAUCGUGCACGAGCGCAAAUGGGUCCGGAUGCUAGUCGAGGUUUUCAGCACGAUUGCCAGCCCGAAAUUCAGGAAAAAGAUCGUCCAUGCGGCUACCUUGACGCAACUGGCCCAGCAUAUCGACAUCACUGGCCUGCUCAUCCCGCCCUCCGCAUACUUGAGAGACAGGGAACUAAGUCCCAGCAUACACGUUGCGAAUGCGAGCGGGCGACGGGCAUUCUCUGCGAGACCGCCGCUUCCCAUGGGCGUGGAUGGAAAGUCUAGGCUCCCAAGGGUGCUGAGGGAGACGUCGAGUUUUCUCCUCAUGAAUCUCCACAUGGAGGGCCUAUUCAGGGUUCCGGCCCACGUGAAACAAAAAGAUAUCUUAAGGGAGGCGUACGAUCGAGGCCAGAAGUUCAUCGUCUGGAAGGAGCGAGACGUGUAUCUGCCGUUGAGGCGAGAGGCAAAUACUUUGCCACGCGUAAAUAUGGACACUCUUGUGAAGGAAAUUGAUCAGACUGAGGCGUAUGGAGUGCAUCUUGCAGCGGGGCUCUGCAAGUUUUGGUACUCGGAACUGAGGGACCCUUUGUUUCCGCGUACCAGCUAUAAGGAUCUAAUGCGGCUGUACGGCGACUCAUUGGAGCCCAUCACCUUGGAAAAGUUGACAGAGCUUCUCAGUCCAAAGUCAGAAUGGUCGAUUUUAUCGGCUACAUCGCGAGAGAUACUGACGCGUCAUUUGUUGCCAUUGUUGGCAGCAGUUGCGGCUCGUUCGGAGGAAAACAAGAUGACGCCAGAUAACCUCGCCGUGUGCUUCGCACCUACACUGUGCUGCGGCACGGACCCCAUCGAGGACGCAAAGGCGUCGUCCAUAAUUCGACGAGUGCUGACCGAAGCGAUUGAGCAAUGGUUGCGGGGUCUACGGGAAGCGUGCGGCAUGGAUGCCAAUACAUUCAUCGCUGAUCUUCAACCGCCAGCUCGAGAAGAUGACUAUGAAGAUCCGCUGCCUGUGGGUUCCGGCUCAAGUGACCACGAGGAGGACGAAAAACCAACCAGUUCGCACGGCUUCACAGAUGAGCAAGAGACGGGCAUCCUUCUCAGAGAUAACGACAUUCAAGAUGCAAAGUUUGCAACAGAAGACGCACCUCCACCUCUGCCGCCUAGACAGCAGCUGGCUAGGCUAAACAUCUCGCCUCCCACAGGUACAGAGGAUUCAGCAAGCUCAUCGGCUGUAUCAUCUUUGCAGUCACCGCGCGUUCCCUCCCAUCCCUCCGCAGGCUCAGACACGAGCUUGCGACGCAAAGAAGUACCCAGGCAAUCAAUCAACACACAAUUGCCACCCAGAUACUCCCAAGCCAUUGCUCAAGAUGAGGUCACCGAAAGCCCGAGCUCGUACAUCACGCCUGCAAAUGGGUUUGCACCGCGGCGGCCAGGAGAUUGGAGCUUUGAUACUAAUGAACCCGAUAGAGCGACCGAGAUCGGCAGAAAGGACAGCCAAAUCAGGCGGAAGCCGGUGGGGAGUGGGAGCGAAGGAUUUACACCGAUCAGCGGUAGUAGCAUGGACGAAAGGUCAUGAUGUGCAUCCUAGCCGGAGUUUGAAACUUGCAAAUUAGUAACAAUAUUCUCAGGGGUUUGGGAGUCUGAUAGAUUCGGUGGUGAUUUGAAGGGAUUCAGGUCUUGGGCGCAUACAGACGAUACCCAGUAAAACAUUUGACGAGAACUCGUUCGGUCCGCCGCAUGAAUGAAUUGAUGAUUGAAUGAAUUGUAAUAAGGGCACAAUAUCCAAGUGUUGUGAUUUCCCAUGAACAGACUCGCCUCUUUGCUGACUUCUCUCGAAUCAGCCACAAACUUUCUGAUAUGAGAUCAAAUUAAGGGAGAGAAAGAAAUAUUAUUCAACUCUAGCUGAACAAAUCCUAGCCGCCAAAUUUGAU